AAACUAACGCAGCAUUGUAAAUCAAUUAUACUCCAAUUUUUUAAAAAAAUGAAAGAAAAAGAAAUGUGCCAGAGGGUCACACGGCUAGUAAGUUGCAAAGCUGAGGUUUGAACCCAUGCUGGUUCCAGAGCCUGACUCCUAACCCAUCAUUACAGGACCACCCCUGCUGCAGAGACUCUCAGAGUUAGGGCAACGGAAGACAGGCAGGGAGCAUCCUUGCUCUUAGAGAGCUAGAGUGGCGGUCGAGGGUGAGGUAGGGAUGGCUGCAGAGCAGUGGCUGAGGCCUCAGGUCUCAAGAUUCUGAUCUACUCUCCCGGCCUCCCAGAAGGCCAAGAUGGAUUGACCUCCUGCUGUCAGCUCUUUAUUUUAAUCUCAGGGGGCUUCUGGGAGCCCGCCUCCCUCCUCCAACCCCAAGCUCCAGGCCCCUCCUCUCUCCAAGUACUGGGCUGAACCGGCCACAAAUCCGCCUAAUCCAUCAGCCUCUCAGGGUGCGACUGUCUCCUGCGGCACCCAGCCCAGCAGCCAGGAGACCCCAUCGCUCCCACCCACCCAGCGGUGACAGCCCGGCCGGGCCCACGCCACCUCACCCAUGGGGAACAGCAAGAGUGGGGCCCUGUCCAAGGAGAUCCUGGAGGAGCUGCAGCUGAACACCAAGUUCACGGAGGAGGAGCUGAGCUCCUGGUACCAGUCCUUCCUGAAGGAGUGCCCCAGCGGCCGGAUCACCCGGCAGGAGUUCCAGACCAUCUACUCCAAGUUCUUCCCCGAGGCCGAUCCCAAGGCCUAUGCCCAGCACGUGUUCCGCAGCUUUGAUGCCAACAGCGAUGGCACCUUGGACUUCAAGGAGUACGUCAUCGCCCUGCACAUGACCAGCGCGGGCAAGACCAACCAGAAGCUGGAGUGGGCCUUCUCCCUCUACGACGUGGAUGGCAAUGGGACCAUCAGCAAGAAUGAGGUGCUGGAGAUUGUCACGGCUAUCUUCAAAAUGAUCAGCCCUGAGGACACAAAGCGUCUCCCAGAAGACGAGAACACUCCGGAGAAGCGAGCAGAGAAGAUCUGGGGGUUCUUUGGCAAGAAGGAUGAUGAUAAACUUACAGAGAAAGAAUUCAUCGAAGGGACCCUGGCCAAUAAGGAAAUUCUGCGACUGAUUCAAUUCGAGCCUCAAAAAGUGAAGGAGAAACUGAAGGAAAAGAAACCCUGAUGUCAACUGCUCAGGUCUCCUCCCUCCCCACCCCUCUCAAAUAAACACACUUGUGCACACAUGUGCACGCACGCACACACACACACACACAAACACACACCGCCCCCGGGGCCGGGAGGGCCUCCAAGCCACAGCACAUUAAACCCUCCUGCACACCUCCCUGCCAAACGGAAGUGUCGUUAAGCUAUUCACCAAGUCCCGCCCACCAUACUGCCCGCCUCCCCUCCCCCCAGCCCGCCAGCCCAGGCCUCCGUAAUAACUCCAGGAUUAGGUCACAGGAUCCCUAAAUAUAGGUCACUGGAGCCCUAAAUAUCCCCGCCCCCAUGUAAGCUCCUUUGUGGAUUGUUGGGUAAGCAGGUUCCAAUAAAUGCAAGAGGAGCCGGGCACUCAGCUGACUGGUCAUUCUCCAACUGGAAAAGGAAAUGAUUUCUGUCGGUUCAGCCUCACGGACAAGGCUGUGUCGCCGUCGCAGUCACAGACCAGGGUGCGGGGACUGUGGUGCUGCAGGAAAGAGACACGGCCCUGUUCUGGUACAGCUCAGGGUGCAGAGGGGACCAUAGACCUUGAAGAAACCUGCAUGGGUGGUGAGGUUACCAUGGAGACACGCAAAGCAUUGUGGGAAGAUACAGUAGGCGGGGCUGACUUGUCCAGGGAUGGGGAAGGUGUUCCGGAUGAAGAGGCGUUUCAACUAAGACCCAGGGGAUUGGAGUGGGGGAAAUGUGGGGGUGGAAAAGUGAUGUGUCUCAGAGACCCUGAGUCGGGUAUGAGCAGUUCAAGUUCUAGGACCCUGAGAAGGCCAGUGUAGCCCAAGAGCAGAGGGAGGAGGCGGGGAGAGCAAAUUGAGUUAAGCUUCCAAAGUAGGCGGUGGGGUUGGGGAGGCCAGACCAUGCAAGGACUUCCCUGCGGGCCAGGGGAAGACCUAGGGUUCACCGUGGGGGUAGUGUGGGGG